AUGGUGGAGGGAGCCCAUUUUCCUGCAGGUUUGCGUGUACUUGCCGUUGACGACGACCGAGCCUGUCUCACAGUGUUGGAGAAUCUGCUUCGAAAAUGCCAGUACCAUGUUACUACGACUACUCAAGCAGUCCAGGCGCUAGAAAUGCUGAGGAAAAACAGAAAUAAGUUUGACCUUGUUAUCAGUGAUGUGAAUAUGCCAGAAAUGGAUGGGUUUAAGCUGCUUCAGCAUGUUGAACAUGAGACGGACCUACCCUUUAUCAUGUUGUCAGGAUACGGUGAUAAAGAGCGGGUGAUGAAAGGUGUUGAAUAUGGCGCUUGUGACUUUUUAACUAAACCGGUUCGAAUUCAAGAGUUACAGAACAUAUGGCAACAUGUAGUGCGAAGGAAGAUUGAUAGCAAGGAUAAGAAUAAGACUGAAAAUGAUCAAAUAAACUGCAGUUUGGCUGGUAAGUUUGCAACUGAAGAGAAAGGAUGCACCAUUGCUGGGGAAUGUAGCAAAGCCUUGGCAACAAAAACUAAUGCUAACCAGAAUAUAAAAGUGGAUCAAAAAAGGAAAGAACGCUGUGAGGCUGAGGAAGGAGAAGAAGAUGACAAAGAGAACGAUGAACCCUCAAAUCAGAAGAAACCUCGUUUAGUUUGGGAUGCCGAGUUGCAUAGCAAAUUUCUUUCUGCCAUUGAUCAGCUGGGAAUUGACAAGGCUUUCCCCAAGAAAAUACUUGACUUGAUGAAUAUUGAAGGACUUUCAAGAGAAAACGUAGCAAGCCAUCUCCAGAAAUUCAGACUCGGUCUCAAAAAGCCUAAUCAACGUGCUAGCAUGGUUCCUACGUUGUUGGGUACUAGUGAUCCUUACCACCGAAUGGGUUCACUAGAUUGCUUUCGCACUUCAUCUGGACCAGGAACAAUGUUAAGCAACACAGUACCAUCGUAUAGAUAUGGUCCUGGUGGUUUGUACGCGACAGGAAUGAACUCAUCUCCACUUGUUCAGGCUGCUCAGUCUCGAAACAUUAAUAGCAGUUCCAUAAAAACACAUGGAAACAUGCACACGUCCAUAUUUUCUGGAAAUCAAAGCUCAAGCUUAUUGCAGGGCAUUCCAACCCCAAUCGAGGCUAAUCAAUUCCAGCAGAACAACAGUAUAGCUUGUUUUAGGAGGUUGAAUCUACUUGAUGAUUCGAUUGGAUUUAAAGAUUCCUCUAGUUUCUGGGGCAAUAGAGUCACUGUUAGGAAUGCAGCAAAUAAUUCUCUACCUAGUCUCUCCAAUAAUCAUCUACAUUUUCAAGCAAUUUCCACACUAGCACAUCAUUCGGAAGCAUUCAGAAAUCACUCUUCUUUUGGAGCUGCUGCUGUUAACACACAAUCUUUUGAUCCUAAUUCCUGUGGUUCGUCUAAAAUGAUGGAUGAUUAUAAUAAUAAAAGCUGGCAGGGAGCAGCUCAGAUAUCUAACUUUCCUUCCAAUACUUCAGCAGUCGGUAAGGUUUUCAACAACGAUCAACUGCUUCAGCAUAACUUAAAAUUUUCCUCAUCCACUUUUAGCAGUAGGAACAGUCCAGUUGGAUUUUCUUCCGCUGUUCCUUCGGAGGAUGAUGUCCUAGGCGAGGUGCUACGCGAAGAAGGCUUACUUGGGAAUGUCUUACUAGCUUCAAGCUACAAGGGAGGAUACAGCAAACAUACAAGUCAAACCUUCAAUUCCAUGAAUGCUGUCAUUUCUCCUAACGGAGGCACAAGUUCCUUGGGAAAUAGUUUUGACCAAAAUAAUGCAGUUGACAACAAGAGAAUUGAUGCAUCUUUGGUUGGCCAAAUGAAUGGGGUUAAUCCAUCAAUCACACAAUGUGGUGAAGGUGAGAAUUUCUAUUCAAUGAAAUCAAAUGAUGCCUACGUUUUGCAGAGCAUGAAGUCUGGUGAAGGACUCGUGCAGAAUACUUUUGACUCCUUGGAUGACAUAAUGAAUGAAAUAGACAAACAGGCUGACGUGUUUCAAAAUUUUCAUUAUGAACAAAUAUGUUCGGAUAGUUCUGUGAGUAGCAAUGGUAUCAACGAAUAA